GGCCCUGUGUGGGGGGUGGGGCAGGUUGUGAGUCUGGUGUCCGUCAUGCCGGCGGCUGCGUGAGGGUGUGGAGGCCGCAGGAUGUACAGCAGUGGGGAGCUGGUCACUGACUUCCUUCGUUACAAACUGUUGCAGAAGGGCCACAACUGGCGGUGGCUGUGUGAGCAGAAUGGAGCGGCGGGCCUGGGGACACAGCCCGAGCCGGGAGCGGCCGUGUACAGCGGCAGGCCCGAGGCUGAGCGGGCCCGCCAGGCCCUGCUGGACGCCGCCGAGGAGUUCGAGCUGCGCUACCGCAGGGCUUUCAGCGACCUGUCGGCGCAGCUCCGCGUUACCCCCGACACGGCGUACCAGCGCUUCGAGCAGGUGGUGGGCGAGCUGUUCCGUGACGGCGUCAACUGGGGCCGCCUGGUGGCUUUCUUCUGUUUCGGGGCGGCGCUGAGCGUGGAGAGCGCGGAGAAGGAGAUGGGCGCGUUGGUGCCCCGCAUCGCCGACUGGAUGAGUACCUACCUGGAGAACAACCUGGAGCCUUGGAUCCAGCAGCACGGUGGCUGGGAUGCUUUUGUACAACUGUAUGGAAAUAAUGCUGCUGCUCGGAACCGUCAGUUGCAGGAGUCCGUUGUAAAAUGGUUUAUGGCACUAACAGCUGUGGGUGCGACUUUGGCCAUUGCUGCAUUCUUAGCCCGGAGGAGGUAACAGCAGUGAGACUGCAUUAAGAAGCAAGCUUUGGUCAACAGCCAUUACAUUGGAAGAAUAUCUUAGCAGAAUGGCUUGGCCAUGAAAGCUGCAUCGAUAGAUCUCAGCUUACUCCUUGUGUUGGAACACUCUCCGCUGUUUAUGUAUUGUGUUUGGGUACUCAGUUUACAAUUACAAAGCAUUCAUGCAGGUGCUGUGACAGAAACCGAGAUUAUCCGCAAGUAAAGGAACUACAUCAGUAACUAAAGCUAACUUAAUUCAGGAAUAUUGAACCUGGAGUGCAGGCGCUGACCAGCAGCUUAUACAGUGAAGAUCUCUAUUCAUUGACAUGGCUCUGUGCCGUAUUGGCAAAAAUCCACAAACACUGCAGCCCCCUCGCUGCACUGAGGUGUUAAUUUUAAGAUCUAUCAUGUCUGAUGUGACUGAAUAGUACAGACGGGUCAGACUGCACAGAAGAAAAGCCCCGUUGCUUGGAUUCCAGAGGAGGAAUGAAGUUAGAGUGGCCUGCAAGAAAGCUGCUACUUGUUCUGGAGAUGCCAAUGGCCUACUACAGCUCAAAAUCAAAGGAAAUGGUGGGCAACACCUUCAACUGGAAACUGCUGGUGAUAACCUAGGCAAUGGAGCAGAGUUUUCCUGUAACUGAAGGCUGACUGACAUUUUAUUUAUACCAAAUUUUUAGAUUUUUUGUUACCUGCUGGAAUAUUGAUGUGGUGCUUGAGUGGGGGUGACCAUACAAAGCCUGUCUCUGAUGGGCUCCCUGAUUUCUGGCAUUGUCUUAAUGGUAUACUGCAGGAAAGUUUGAUCAUCUUGUUUGAACUGAAGUUGAAGCUGCCACUGCUUCUCAGCAGGAAUGAAAAGCAAGACUUCAACCAUUUUGACAAGAUCGUUUGGAAAAGGUUUUGCGGCACAUGGGUUGUCCAUGUUCCUUAAAGUGGCUCAGAAUUAUUUUAAGAAAGUUUUCCGCUAUCAUGUGAGGAUGCUGAAGACGUGACUACUAGUCACUAUUAUUCACUGUAAUCAUUCCUUUUUAAUUUGCUGCUCACACCACAUUAGAAGCGAACUACUUUACACAGUCUUAAAAUUUAAAUUAAAAUGACUUGUUUUUAAACACAA